AUGUGGUCAGGAGGAUUUCCAUCUAUUGGCGGCUUCAGCAAAUGCCGAGGAUGUGACCACCCCCGAUCGGCCUACACCGGGGGAUACAGUUCGGUCCGGUCGAACCUUGGUACCAUGCUCACACAUUCCAAGUUCAUUGGCUGCGAUGUAUGCACUAUCCUAUCGGACGGCAUCCUCCAGUUCAUCGAGGACAACGACUGCGGCAUUACACGCGACGAUGUGGAUGACCUGCAGCUGGACUUCAACUUGGCCGCUUCGAGACGGAGCAUCGAGGUUGUGCUGUUGAGGACGCCUGUCAAGUUGACGUUCUAUGCUUCCGAGAUCACACCAUGGCUCACCGACAACAUGCCCGACCUCCCCGUCGGAAAGGAGGUCCCGCCGAAGACGUCUUCUGAAGAAACCCUGGCCUGGGCCGUCCGGGAAAUCGAGCACUGCAAGCAGAAUCAUGAAGCCUGCAACAGCUUCCCUCCCGCGCCGCUUCCGAGCAGGGUGCUAGACGUAUGCGCCGACAGUGAGAGCGGUGUGCGUCUGUACGAAUCCCAGGGAGAGACCUCCCCGUACGUGGCUCUCAGCCACUGCUGGGGCCAUCAACCGUUCCUGCGCACACUCUCCGGGAGCCUAGAAAAGCACAAAUCCGAGAUUCCUUGGUCAGCGCUUCCCCGGAACUUCCAGGACGCUGUUGAGUUCACCCGCAAGAUGGGGGUCCGCUACCUGUGGAUCGACAGCUUGUGCAUCAUCCAGGACGACAUCGAGGACUGGCGGCACGAAGCGGCCCAGAUGGGGGCGGUCUACCGGAACUCAACCCUCGUCAUCUCAGCCGCGAAAUCGGAGGGCGCAUACGGCGGGCUAUACGCCGAGCUGCCAGAGAAGCACCGAACCUACACCGUCACCUUCACCCCCGGCCAGAACGACGACCGCUCUUCCUCCUCGUACUGCAACAGCGACGCCGGCGACGACAACGACAACACGAACAACCCACCCAAAGAAGAAGCCACCGAACCCCCCGAGAAAAUCCACCUCCGCCUCUCCCUCUCGCACCCCCACCGCCUGCUCUCCACGCACCACGCACCCUCCUCCACCCUCCCCAUCUUCAGCCGCGGCUGGAUCCUGCAAGAACGCUUCCUCUCCCCGCGCAUCCUGCACUUCGGCCCCGAAGAGCUCUCCCUCGAAUGCCUGUCCUCCACCACCUGCCAAUGCAUGCCACCCCCCACCUCCUCGGCCGCCACCACCACCACCACCGCCCUCGCCGCCGAAGCCAGCGCCGCCCCGGACUGGUACACCCACAUGCUAGACCGCACCGCGCGCCCGAAGCACUACUAUUCCCUGCCGCACUGGCGGUCGGGCGCGCUGGAUGCGACGGCGCUGGCGCUGUGCUGGCGCCGGCUGGUGGAGGAUUACACGCACCUGAGCCUGACGUGCGAGGGGGACGUGUUCCCCGCGGUGUCCGGGCUGGCGCGGCAGAUGGGGAGCGUGAGGCCCGAGGUCGGGCUUGGUGGGCUGGAUGGGGUGGAUGGGCCGGAUGGGGGGGAGCGGUAUGUGGCGGGCUUGUGGACGGGCACGUUGCUGCUGGGGGAUCUGCUGUGGCGGGUGGAGCUGCCGCCGGCGGGGUACGUGACCAGUCCCGAGGCGGUUGAUCAGCCGAGGGGGGUGGCGGCGAUUUGGGGGCCCGAGGCGGUUUGUCGGCCGGGGAAGUGGCGGGCGCCGUCGUGGUCGUGGGGGAGUGUGCGGGCGCCGGUGGAGUUUGAGAAUGGGGAUGGGGCUGGUGUUGAGCCGGCGUGUGAGGUGGUCGGGGUGCGGUGUGAGCCGGCCGGGGAGGAUCCGAUGGGGGAGUUGAAGGAGGGCGGGAGCUGGCUUGUUUUAAAGGGGCGGUUGAUUCCGACGGGGAUGCGGUUCAAGAAGCUGAAGAAGAGGGAGGAGGUGGAGCCGUGGAACGCGAUAGACUUGGAUAUUCUGGGCACAGAGCACCUGCGGAACUUGUGGGCUGAUGAUAACUGCCGGGGGCUGGUAGGGCCGGACGGGCGCUUGCCGACGGUGUAUAUGUUGCUCAUCGGGCGCAAGCUUCCGAUGAAGGAGCUGUAUUGCUUGGUCCUGACUCGGGUGCCGGAGGAUGAAAGUCCUCUGGCCGGGGAACGGCCGGUACAGGGAGAUGGGCAUCUGUACCGCCGUAUCGCUUUGCUCGAGAUAUGUGGCGGCCCGCCCAGGCCGGUCGAAUGGGGCUGGCUCCACGAGCUCCUCGGGAAAGGAGAGGAUGCGGUUGUGACCAUUGUGUAA